UGGUAGACCUAGAUGGACAAACACAAUCUAACAGUGCUGAAUGAAUUCAUGCUGACGGGAAUCACAGAUCGCCCAGAGCUACAGGCUCCGUUGUUUUGGCUCUUCCUCAUCAUCUACUUGAUCUCAGUGGUGGGCAACUUGGGCAUGAUCAUCCUCACCAAGAUAGACUCCAAACUGCAAACACCCAUGUACUUUUUUCUCAGACAUCUGGCUGUCACUGAUCUUGGUUAUUCAACAGCCGUGGGACCCAAAAUGUUGAUAAAUUUUGUUGUGAAUGAUAAUAAAAUAUCCUAUUAUUUUUGUGCUACACAGCUAGUUUUCCUUAUUAUGUUCAUAACUAGUGAAGUUUUUAUCCUGUCAGCAAUGUCCUAUGACCGCUAUGUGGCCAUCUGUAGUCCUCUGCUCUACACAGUCAUCAUGUCACAAAGAGUGUGUUGGGUACUGGUGACAAUCCCCUAUCUCUACGGCACAUUUGUUUCUCUUCUGGUCAGCAUAAAGAUUUUUAAUUUAUCCUUCUGCGGCUACAACGUCAUCAGUCAUUUCUACUGUGACUGUCUCUCUUUGUUAUCUUUGCUCUGCUCAAACACACAUGAUAUCGAAUUGAUCAUUCUUAUCUUUGCAGCUGUUGAUUGUAUUUCAUCAUUCCUAAUAGUUGUUGUUUGUUAUCUGCUUGUUCUAGCAGCCAUUCUCAGGAUGAACUCAGCUGAGGGCAGGCACAAGGCCUUUUCCACCUGUGGAUCCCACCUGACGGUGGUGGUCGUGUUCUAUGGGACUUUAAUCUUCAUGUACAUGCAGCCCAAGUCCAGUCAUUCCUUUGACACUGAUGAAGUGGCUUCCAUAUUUUAUACUGUGGUUAUUCCCAUGCUGAAUCCCUUGAUCUAUAGUUUUAGGAAUAAUGACGUGAAACAUGCAUUACAUAAGACUUUAGGACAAUUAUGCAAUAUAUUUUCUCAAAGUUCACUAUAUCAUAUGAUUCAUAUAAAUUACAUUAUGGGAUUUAAGCUUUUUUCUGUGUGCCUCCGGAGGGGGUAG